AUGGCGGGGAUCGUGACCCGCGUGGUUUUGAUGGGGGUGAUCACAGACGGCGACCGCGGGGUUAGCAGCAAGGUGGCGCUUUCCAAGAUGACGAUGCUGGUGACCCGCGUUUUGAGGACUUCGGGUUUGUUGAUGAAAACCCUAAUCGCGGCGAUUAGAGGGAUUUCGGAGGCGAGCAGCAGCGGCGGGGAGGAGGGGGGGACAGACUAUCCUGGGACAGCAGAUGGGGCCCUCUUUUAUUUCUUCAUCACCCAUCAGUUGACUGGGAGUUUUCAGCAGGGCCGUUCACCUCAAGCAGCGGCCGCUAAUGUGGGCCCGAGAGUUGCAUCAGCCCGCCUUCUAACGGGCAGUGGACAAUUUCAACGCGGCAGGACUUCCACGGGGCAGCAACCGACGGGGGGAAAUUCACGGGGUGUUGCGGGCCUACGUUGCUUUGCUUGUGGAGAGGUCGGCCGCUGUCAAGCGGCGUGUCCGAGAGGGCCUGGUCCGAAAGCUUUGUUUACAGAGGACGUGGGCGAAACGGAGACGCUAGAGGGAUUUGAGGACCAGCCUGUGUACGAUACGGAGACGGCAGAGGUAGAGCAAUACGUUCGUGGUGAUGUUGGCAUGGCCUUAACGUCAUAA